AUGGCAAACUCAAAACCCCCCUCCUCCCCCGUCCCGGAGGACAAGGAAAAGGGCAUCCCCCACCACGCCUUAAUCACAGAAGACAUCAUCGAAACCCCCAACGACAAGAAUGCCGCGCCCUCCCAUCACCACCAAGAAGACCUCGCCGCAGACGCCGCCCAAGCCGCCUCGGCAGAACACAAAAUGACCCUCUUCGAAGCCGUCCAGACCUACCCAAAAGCAAUCGGCUGGUCCGUCCUGCUCUCCUCCACGCUCAUCAUGGAAGGGUACGACCUCGCCCUCCUCAGCAACCUCUACUCCUCGGCCGUCUUCAACCGGAAGUACGGCACCUUCAGCGAAGCCCAGAACAAGUACGUCAUCUCGGCCGCCUGGCAGUCCGGCCUGAGCAACGGCGCCCGCGCCGGCGAGAUCUUUGGGCUCAUGAUUGCUGGUUGGACGGCGGAUCGGUACGGGUAUCGGGUUACGACUAUUGGCUUCCUGGUCUUGAUGAUUGCUUUUAUUUUCGUGCUCUUCUUUGCGCCCAACGUGCAGGUUUUGGUGCUGGGGGAGGUUCUCUGCGGAAUCCCUUGGGGGGCAUUUCAGAGCGUGACACCGGCAUACGCCUCCGAGGUCGCCCCCGUCGUCCUCAGGCCGUAUCUCACUACAUUCAUCAACAUGUGCUGGGUCAUUGGUCAAUUCUUCUCCGCGGCCGUUAAUAAGGGCUCCUACCACCACAAGGAUGAAUGGGCCUACAGGAUCCCCUUUGGAGUCCAAUGGGUCUGGCCCAUCCCCAUCCUCGUCGGCAUCUUCUUUGCGCCCGAAUCUCCAUGGUGGUACGUCCGCCACAACGACAAAGCCGGCGCCAAGCGUGCCCUCCUCCGCCUCACCUCCCGCAACCAACCAAACUUUAACGCGGACGAGACCAUCGCCAUGAUAGAGCACACAAACGCAAUGGAAAAGCGCGCCAAAGAAGGCGUCACCUACCGCGACUGCUUCAAAGGUGUCGACCUCCGCCGCACCGAAAUCGUCGUCGGCGUCUGGCUCGUCCAGACCCUCGGAGGGCAAAACCUCAUGGGCUAUUUCGCCUACUUCCUCGCCCAAGCCGGCAUGGACCCCGGAAACUCCUUCUCCCUCUCCAUGGGCCAGUACGCCCUCGGCAUGGUCGGCACCACGGGCUCCUGGUUCCUCAUGGCCCGCAUCGGCCGCCGCACAAUCCACUUCUCCGGCCUCUGCGCGCAAUUCUGCCUCCUCCUCAUCGUCGGCUGCCUCUCUUUCUCAAAAACAAACGCCUCCGUCUGGGCUAUUGGCGGCAUACUCAUCGUCUUCACGUUUGUCUACGACUUCACCGUCGGGCCCGUCACCUACUCCCUCGUCUCGGAGCUCUCGUCCACUCGCCUCAAGAACAAGACCAUCGUUAUGGCCCGCGCGGGCUACAACGCCAGCAACAUUUUCGUCAACGUCAUGACGAAUUACCAGCUCUCCUCCACAGCCUGGGAUUGGGGUGCCCGCACCGCGCUCUUCUGGGCCGGCACCUGUCUGCUGUCGUCCGUCUGGGUCUACUUCCGCGUGCCCGAGCCCAAGGGUCGGACAUAUGCCGAGCUGGACUUGCUCUUUGAGCACAGGGUCUCCGCUAGGAAAUUUGCCAGCACCACGAUCGACCCUUACUCACAUGAGCUCAACACCGGGAAGAAACUGACCGAGGAGCUUUAA